UCAGUCCCCUCGCUGCAUGUCGUUCGACGCACCGCUGGUUCCAUGUAGUCGCGUCUGCUGGUGUCUCAAGCGAAGAUGGCGGCUUUCCGCUACACUCAUGCCGUCGUGUGUCGAAUCCCCUUGUCUCUUCGCAGUCGCGCCGAAAUCGAACUUGAAGAUGCCAAAAAACAGCACGAAACGUAUGUGCGACUGUUGCGCGAGCUGGGACUCGACGUCAUCGAGCUGCCCCCCGACGAGGCCCUUCCGGAGUGCGUCUUCGUCGAGGACACGGCCGUCGUCUGCAACGGCACGGCGCUCAUCACCAGACCUGGGGCGCCACACAGAGCCAAAGAGGUGGAGACAAUUAGAGUGGUCUUAAAAAAAGAGCUCGAUCUUCCGAUAAUCGAAAUGUCCGAUUCGAACGCGAAACUCGACGGUAGUGAUGUUUUAUUCACUGGAAGGGAGUUUUUCGUGGGUAUCUCGCAAUGGACCAAUGAGGCGGGGGCUAGGGCGGUGGCGGCGGCCUUCCCAGAGUACCCAUGCACACCCAUCAAGGUGCCAGACCCCAAACACCUAAAAACUUACAUAACGGUCGGGGGGCCAGAUUUGCUGUGUGUUGGAGCCGGAAAAGAAGCACAAGAAGUGUUAAAACGAAUGGAACGUGAAGCCACUUUCAGCUACCAAACGCUGACUUUACCAGAAGACGAUGCAGCAAAUGUUUUGUAUUUGAAUGGAACACUGGUACAUCGCAGCAUCGACGAAAUUCCACAUUCGUUUAAAGUUUUUAGUGAAAAGAUCGAUUAUCCUCGCCGAUCGGUGAAUAUUUCGCAAUUAGCGAAAGCUUCGUGUGGUUUGACUUCGAGCUGUAUUCUAGUCAGAAGGUCACGUCAUAUAAGAAAUCUCUAAAUGUGCUCAUUUAUCACAAAACCACCUCAGGUCUUCACAAGAAGUCAAUAAUAAUUUUUUCUACAGACACGGAUUUCGUAUUUGCACUUUAGUUUGCUGGAAUUAUUGUUGAUUUCUUGAAAUAAAAAUUAACUAAAAUGGUAGCAUUUGUAUAAAAACAUGAGAUGAAUGUCUAUUAGUGUUUCUUGUUGAUUUAUGUUUGAAGUUGAGCAUUUAAAAAUUGAAAUUAUUUAAAAAUUGUUAAUACUCUUGUAUCAUUCCAUGGAACGCAUUUAAUGCAGUGUGACAAUACAGAAACUGAUAUUUUUCUUGCAAAUACAGGGUGCGUCAGAACUCGCGCCCCUGAGAAAAAUMCCAUACAUAUAUGAUAAGAUACCAGGAACAGGGAAAAAAUGGUAAAAAAAUACUAAAUAAUUGUAAAAAAAAACAUAUACAAGA